AUGGUGAAAAUAAUAAAUACAGAAAACUUAUUCCAAGAUAUUAUAGAUGAGGAUUUCAUAAAAAUAUUUCAACCCAUUAAUACUGUUCAAAGUUUUUUAGGUUUCAACCGUGUUGAUAUUAAAUUACGUUUUGUUACUAGUAAAACGAAAUUUUGGAAGUUUUACAGUAUUCUAUUGCUAUUAAUAAAUUUAUUGUGCUUCUAUGACAUUGUACUAAAUUACGAGUUUAAUUUUACAGCAUUUUCCUCUAGUAUAUUUUUCAAAUUAGGAAUAACAUUUCACCAAAUAUUGACAAUUGUGAUUAUGUGGCGAAACAACUUUUUGAAUAAUAAUAUAAACAGUCAAUUAUAUGUAAAACUGCAAAACGUCGAUCGAGUACUAAAUAUGCAUAAUCAAAAUUCAUUAAACAGAAAAUUCUCGUUAUUAUCAUUUAUUUCGUUAUGUCUCAUUUUAAUUUUCGAAUUUUUAUUAUCGUUUCUUAUAAUGCUUAUCAUCGAUUCAAGAGUGGUGUAUAUUAAUAAAUUGCUUGAAAAUGUUACGAAGAUGAAACAAAAAAGCGAUAAAAAAGAACCCAGAAUUAAAGAAAAAGUUACCCAGAUGUCAGAUGAUUUAAAGAUCAUAGAUGAAGAAAUGAGAAAUGUAUUAGUUUUUGGAGUGCAUAAUAUAUUAGAUGCCUUGACAGAUUUCAUUAAACUAUUUCAAUUUGAGAUGGGAAGCGAUGUCAAAUUGAUUACUAGAUUUGUACUCCCGUAUGUAUUAUUAUUGGUGGUCAUGUUAAUCUGUAUGUCUUUUAUGGGCGAAUUUCUAAGUUCAAGCUUAAAAACAUGUCGGGAACUUAGCAUCAGCCUGUUAUCAUGUAAUGACGACAAAUCCAGAAGAACUGCUAAACAAAUACUCUCAUUACUCGUAGAAAAGAAGUGUAUAGUGUCUAUUUAUAAUAUUUUUACAUUGAACACGCAACUGCCGCUGAACUUGCUUGUCAUAACAGCUAACUACACAAUAGUACUACUACAAUUCGCUACAUUGUAA